AUGGCUCGGGGAGGGGCAGGGGCAGAGGAGGCCUCCCUGCGCUCAAACGCCUUGUCCUGGCUGGCCUGUGGGCUCCUGGCGCUGCUGGCCAAUGCCUGGAUCAUUCUUAGCAUCUCGGCCAAGCAGCAGAAGCACAAGCCGCUGGAGUUACUGCUCUGCUUCCUGGCGGGCACGCACAUACUCAUGGCGGCCGUGCCCCUUACCACCUUCGCCGUGGUGCAGCUGCGGCGCCAGGCCUCCUCCGACUACGACUGGAAUGAGAGCAUCUGCAAGGUGUUCGUGUCCACCUACUACACCCUGGCCCUGGCCACCUGCUUCACAGUCGCCUCACUCUCCUACCACCGCAUGUGGAUGGUGCGCUGGCCCGUCAACUACCGCCUCAGCAACGCCAAGAAGCAGGCACUGCACGCGGUCAUGGGCAUCUGGAUGGUCAGCUUCAUCCUCUCUACACUACCCUCCAUUGGCUGGCACAAUAACGGCGAGCGCUACUAUGCCCGCGGCUGCCAGUUCAUAGUCUCCAAGAUCGGCCUGGGUUUUGGCGUCUGCUUCAGCCUCUUGCUCCUUGGGGGCAUUGUCAUGGGGCUGGUCUGUGUGGCCAUCACCUUCUACCAGACGUUGUGGGCCCGGCCCCGAAGGGCGCGCCUGGCCCGGAGAGCAGGGGCAGGGGGUGGGGCCAAGGGGGGUGGGGCCGGGGGGUUGGGGACCCGGCCGGCCUUCGAGGUGCCAGCCAUCGUGGUGGAGGAUGCCCGAGGGAAGCGGCGGUCCUCGCUGGAUGGCUCCGAGUCGGCCAAGACAUCCCUGCAGGUCACCAACUUGGUCAGCGCCAUCGUCUUUCUCUAUGACUCGCUCACAGGGGUGCCCAUCCUGGUGGUGAGCUUCUUCUCCCUUAAGUCGGACUCGGCUCCGCCCUGGAUGGUGCUGGCGGUGCUGUGGUGCUCCAUGGCACAGACGCUGCUGCUGCCCUCCUUCAUCUGGUCCUGCGAGCGCUACCGCGCUGACGUGCGCACGGUGUGGGAGCAGUGCGUGGCCAUCAUGUCCGAAGAGGAUGGCGAUGACGAUGGAGGCUGUGAUGACUAUGCAGACGGCCGAGUGUGCAAAGUGCGCUUUGAUGCUAAUGGUGCCACAGGACCAGGGGGCAGGGACCCUUCCCAGGUGAAGCUGCUGCCUGGAAGGCACAUGCUCUUUCCCCCUCUUGAGAGGGUCCACUACUUACAGGUCCCUCUGUCCCGCCGUCUGUCCCACGAUGAGACCAACAUCUUCUCUACUCCUCGGGCACCAGGCUCCAUCCUGCAUAAGUGGUCAUCCUCUGAUGACAUCCGGGUCCUUCCGGCCCAGAGCCGAGCCCUGGGGGGCCCUCCUGAGUACCUGGGGCGAAGACAAAGGCUGGAGGAUGAGGAGGAUGAGGAAGAAGCUGAAGGUGGGGGGCUGGCCAGCCUUCGCCAAUUCCUGGAGGGUGGGAUGUUGGGGUCAGGUGGGGGACCCCCACGGGGUCCUGGCUUCUUCCGGGAAGAGAUCACCACCUUCAUUGAUGAGACACCUCUGCCUUCUCCGACUGCUUCGCCAGGGCCCUCUCCUCGCCGGCCCAGGCCCCUGGGCUUCUCACCCCGCAGGCUCUCCCUUGGGUCCCCUGACAGUAGAGCCGUUGGACUUCCUUUGGGGUUGAGUGCAGGGAGACGCUGCUCCCUGACAGGAGGUGAGGGGAGUGCAAGACCUUGGGGAGGAUCCUGGGGCCCAGGUAACCCCAUUUUUCCUCAGCUGACCCUCUGAGCCCAAGUGGGCCUGCGGGACUCAGAGGACAGGCCCUGGGUGAGUAACACCUCCAGACUCUGUGGAGAUGGGCAUUGGAUCUGGGGCCUGGAGCCCGAUGCUGUCUCCCAUCUCAGUGACCAGAUGUCCUACUCACCUUCCAUCAUUCUUAGCAAAAUGUAUUAAAGCCUGAAGUGUUACCAUGGAAA